AUGCAGCAAGCAGAGAAGCUGUAUCUGGAUUUUCCUGGACAGCAGACCAAGAAAAGGUUUGUCAUGCUGAGAAAAACAUCACCUGCAACACUUAUCCUGACGACCUGGUAUUGCUCAUAUGUGUGUUUGAUUCUGAUAUUAGAGAACACACAGGAAGAGGGAGUUGGCUCAUUAGUGAAGCGAGUUACAAAUGUGUCAGCAAAAAAAGGCCUCAGGGGAGAAGUUGGCAGAACACUCUGGACAGGCGAGAGAGAGAGAGGUAGUAAAAGAGGUGAACGCACACUACUGUGGCUGGAAAUGUGGAGUCAUGCCAGGCAGAUACAAAAAGUGAGCCAGCUGUUGGUCAGUCUAAAGGUUACUUCAUGUUUCACCAUCAAAGAUCUGCAUGUGAUAGCACAGGUGUGA